CUGGUCACCAUGAAGCUGCCGAGCCCAGCCCUCAUCAGCUGCUUCCUACUGACCCUGCUGAACAUAUGGAGAGCUGCUCCCGAGGCCCACGCCUCAUCCAUGGACAUGCAGGCAGUCAGCGCCACCUCUUUCCUGGAGAACCUCAUGCAUCGCUAUGGUGAAGGUGGCAGCCUCACCCUGCAGCAUCUGAAGAAGCUGCUCAUCCACCUGAAUGUGGGAGUAGACCGGAAUAACGCCACACAGCCUGGCCAGGGUCACAGGAACCUCUCCAAGUGCUUUAGUUCUGGAGACUUCUUUGCUGCUCACAAUUUCAGCGAGGAGUCUCGGAUCGGGAGGAGUGAGCUCCAGGAGUUCUGCCCCACCAUUCUCCAGCAGCUGGAUUCUGGGGCCUGUACGUCUGAGAACCAAGAGAAUGAAGAGAACGAGCAGACCGAGGAGGGGAAGCCGAGUGCCAUCGAAGUGUGGGGAUACGGUCUCCUCCCUGUCUCCCUCUGCUGCCUCAUGGGGGCCAGCGUGGUGCCCUUCAUGAAGAAGACCUUUUACAAGCGGCUGCUGCUCUGCUUCAUAGCUCUGGCGAUUGGAACCCUCUACUCCAACGCCCUCUUCCAGCUCAUCCCUGAGGCUUUUGGCUUCAAUCCUCUGGAAGAUUAUUAUGUCCCCAAGUCUGCAGUGGUGUUUGGGGGCUUCUACCUUUUCUUUUUCACAGAG